GUGCCGACCUCAGCGCGACCCCGCCCGCACGCCCGCACCCCCUACAUGACCUGUGCUCACCCCAGCUCGACGUGAGAGCCCUUCGUAUGGAUGGCGGGGGUCGGACGCGUCGCUGCAGCCACUAACUCCGAGUGUUAAGUGCGGAAGUGUCUUGAAGGAGCGCCAGCCCCGCAGACCCAUGUGGCGCGGGUGAGCUCAAGCGUUUUAAGGGAAAACAGAAGGACGCUUGAGCAGUGACGACAGCCAGCAGGCAGGCGAGGCACCAGCCACCGCUGGGCGCAGCAGGCUGGGCCCGCAAAGAUGGCGGCGAGGGGCGCUUCCAGUACCUCUACCGUGUCCCGUCCCUGGCCGCGCCUGCUGCCUCCCGUCUUCUUCCUCUUCCUCUUCCUUGCCGCAGUACUCCAUUCAGGUGUUUGCAGUGAGGAUGAGGAACGGCUGGUGCGAGAUCUCUUCCGGGGUUACAACAAGCUCAUUCGGCCCGUGGAGAAUAUGACGCAUAAUGUCCAGGUUAUGUUCGGUCUCGCCUUCAUCCAGCUUAUCAAUGUGAAUGAGAAGAACCAAAUUAUGAAAUCCAACGUAUGGCUGAGAUUGAAAUGUCCAAGGCGGGGGGGGGGAGGUGCCAAGUUUGCAUCAAUGUCGGUCAAGAGUUCAAGACGAAGGCCUCCACGUGGCACCUUGGCUCUGUGUGCCAUUGUCACUUUGGGUUUUAAUUGUUCCACGAGCGUUUGGUAUAAUGAAGUUAUAUUCUAG